AUGCCUCCCAAGGAAAAGAAGCCGCCAGCGCUGAAGCUGUUUAUGGUCCAGCUCAAGAACAUCCAGACGGCUUUGGACGACAUCUUCAGAUUCGUACAGAACUACCAGCCGACCUGUACUGUUAGCGCAAUCAACAUUCGUCUGCAGCGUAUUGGUGAGUUGUGGGGACAGUACGAGGAGACUUUGAAUGACAUCCAGGCUCACGAUAACUUUGAGGAUGAGGAAGGAGAGUUUGAUGAGGCUAGGUUAGGGUUUAGCGAUAAGUUCUAUGAGUGUAAGGCUUUUCUUAUGGACAAGGUCAAGGGACAGGUAGGACCUGAUGAUGUGGAUUCGUCGAUGCGAGGGAACGAGACGUUACCGCACAGGCAUGGUACACUUGAUCAUGUUCGUUUGCCUCAAAUCAAGCUACAGACUUUCAACGGUGACAUCGACGAAAAGACGGACUUGCCGGAAGUGGAGAAAUUUCACUAUUUGAAGGGCUGUCUUCAAGGUGAACCAAAGAACCUCAUCGAUCUCUUGAAGAUAAGUAAAGCAAACUAUCAGGUGGCUUGGGGUUUGCUGAUUAACAGGUACGGUAACAGCAAGCUGUUGAAGAAGAGUCAAGUGAAAGCCUUGUUCAACUUGAAAACACUAUCUAAGGAGUCGGUAGUGGACUUGCAUACCCUGAUGGACGGGUUCGAGAGAGUGGUUCAGAACUUGGAUCAAGUGGUUAAACCCGAGGAGCACAAGGAUCUUCUACUUGUUAACUUGCUGACAACUCGGUUGGAUCCUGUAACUCGAAGAGGAUGGGAAGAACAUUCAUCUAUCAAAGAACAGGACACGUUGGCAGAUCUAACUGAUUUCAUACGUCGUCGGGUACGAAUCCUGGAAUCACUCCCAACGAAGACUUCGGACAGCAAGGGAUCCCAUCAAUCGCAACAGCCAAUGAAGCAGAAGUCGUCAGCUGUGAAGGCAAGCUACGGCUCCGUACAAUCGUCUGGGGAACAAUGUAUGGUUUGUAAGGAGAACCAUCCGCUUUAUCAGUGUUCUUCUUUUCAACGGUUGUCGGUGCGAGAGAGGGAGGCGGUGUUGAGGUCAAACUCCCUGUGUAUGAAUUGCUUCCGGCCGGGUCACAUAGCGAAGAAUUGCCCGUCUAAAUAUUUCUGCCGCAGCUGUAAAGGUCGUCACAACACAUUGGUGUGCUUCAAAUCUGGGAAAGAUGGAUCAUCGAAGGUCGCUGCUGCUACGGAACGCAAUAAUUCUCCUCCGGAUGCUGGCGAGCAUUCGGGUUCGACAUCCGCCCAAGUGGUGAACGUGUUCGCCACCGAUUCUACAAUAUCUGGUGCAGCUCAGCAGUUCUCCUCCCAUGUCCUUCUGGCCACGGCGGUCGUUAUCGUGGAAGAUGACGAGGGUAGCCGAUUUCCGGCUCGAGCGUUGCUGGACUCCGGCUCUGAAAGCAAUUUCAUCGCAGAACGGCUGAGCCAACGACUGAGGACGCGUCGAGAAAAGGUGGACUUCUCGGUCCUUGGUAUAGGUCAAGCAGCUUCAAAGGUGAAGCACAGGAUUCAAGCAUUGGUGUGCUCAAGAAUCACGUAUUUCUCUCGGAGCGUGAAUUUCCUGGUUCUGCCGAAGGUAACUGCGAAGGUCAACAUGAACGGAUGGAAGAUGCCUGACGGGAUUAGUUUAGCGGAUCCAGCCUUUUUCAGUCCUCAGUUCAGUGCGGUGGACAUGGCAAGAAUUUCCAUCGGAAACCAAAUGCCGACAUUCAAUGAAUCGGUCUUUGGAUGGGUGGUGUGCGGAGGUCAAACAAAACCCACGGAGAGCCUACGGGUUAACUGUAGCACGGCAACUACAGCAACUUUGGAAAAGUUGAUUGCACGGUUUUGGGCUAGCGAAGAAGUUGGUACUUCGAAGAUUCUUUCCACCGAGGAGCAACGGUGUGAAGAAUUGUUCCAGCAGUCGGAUUUCACAGGGAAUACUGUUUCGUUGCCGAAGGAUGAGGACGUCGUUUCAAGUAUUGGUGAUUUACGGGACAUCGCCUACAGGCGUUUUCUAGGCACGGAGCGCAGAUUAGCCAGGGAUGCUAAUUUACGGGAGCAGUAUCAUCAGUUUAUGGCAGAGUACAUACAGCUGGGGCACAUGACCAAGGUGAAGGAUACAACAGAGUCCGAAAAACGUUGUUUUCUGCCACACCAUCCCGUCAUAAAAGAGGCUAGCACCACCACGAAGGUUCGUGUGGUCUUUGAUGCGUCGUGCAAAACGUCGUCAGGUGUAUCGCUGAACGAUGCUUUGCUGGUGGGUCCAAUCGUCCAAGAAGACCUUCGAUCGAUUAUGCUUCGAAGUCGCAUGAAGCAAAUAAUGCUGGUGGCCGACGUGGAGAAGAUGUUUCAGCAAAUCUUCAUUUAUCCGGAGUAUCGACAUCUUCAAUGUAUAUUUUGGCGUUCCGACACCGGUGCAGCUGUUGAUGUGUAUCAGCUGAAUACUGUCACCUACGGGACAAAACCUGCGCCUUUUCUAGCGACACGCACUUUCAAUCAGCUGGCAACUGAUGAGAUGCUACAGUACCCGCUGGCUGCUAGAGCAGUUACAGAAGAUACAUACAUGGAUGACGUUAUCACAGGAGCGGAUACGAUUCAAGCAGCAAGCGAAAUUCGGAAACAGUUGGAGGAAAUGACCUCUAAGGGAGGAUUUCAGCUGAGGAAAUGGGCUUCCAACAAACUGGAGGUACUGGAAUGA